AGCGCUGCUCUCUAACACAUGCGGAUUGACUGAAGGAGCUUCUUUCAGCUUUGCAUCUUCCAACCAUGUUCUAAAAUACUAAUGUUUUCCAGCUAUAAGGCGAAAGCAAGCACGCCGGUUUAUUUCAGGGCUGUCAUAUGAUUCAUUGCUGAAUUCAGGAAGUAGAUCAAUUAAACAUGGCAUCGCUGCUGUUCUUUGGAUCACUGCUUUUACUCUCAGGAGCAGCUCAUGGGUCCAAUAACUCCAUCCCUCUGGUCAUGUGGCAUGGAAUGGGGGAUAACUGCUGCAACCCUCAGAGCAUGGGUGCUAUAAAGAAAAUGGUGGAAGAGGAACUGCCUGGUAUAUACGUGCUGUCUCUCAUGAUUGGAAAGACUAUCAUGCAGGACACAGAAAGUGGAUUUUUCGUGGAUGUUAAUGAACAAGUGGCCUUUGUGUGUAAUACAAUAGCACAGGACCCUAAACUGAAGGGAGGAUACAAUGCAAUGGGCUUCUCUCAGGGUGCACAGUUUCUACGUGCUGUAGCACAGAGAUGUCCUUACCCUCCAAUGAAGACUCUCAUCUCAGUAGGUGGACAGCAACAAGGAGUUUACGGUUUGCCUCGAUGCCCUGGUGAAAGUUCUCAUUUUUGCGACUGGAUCCGGAAGGCACUGAACUCUGGGGCCUACACAGAUGCAGUGCAGAAACACUUGGUGCAGGCGCAGUACUGGCACGAUCCGCUCAACAAUGACUUGUACAAACAGCAUAGCCUGUUUCUUGCUGAUAUAAAUCAAGAGCGGGUGGUGAAUGAAACCUACAAGAAGAACCUCAUGAAUUUGGAGAAGUUUGUAAUGGUUAAGUUUCUACAAGACACCAUUGUGGACCCUGUGAUAUCCGAGUGGUUUGGCUUCUUCAAAAUUGGUCAGGCUGAGGAGACUGAGACUUUGCAGGAAAGUGCCUUAUAUAAAGAGGAUCGCCUGGGACUGGCACUGAUGGAUAAAGCUGGAAAACUAGUGUUUCUUACCAGUGAUGGAGAUCACUUACAGUUUAAUGAAGAAUGGUUCAAAGAAAAAUUAAUCCCCUAUUUGCGGUAAUCCCCCCCAAGCUGUCUGUUUUAAUACCAGAUCAGCAACAAGAAGAGGCAAAACUGAUAUACUCACAUACCCCAAUGUUGGAAUACUUCUGUAUAUCAAUCUGACACAUUAUGUACUAACUAUAAAUCAGCUUCAUUUUAUUGCACUGAUGUUUUGCUUCAUUAAGCUGACCUAAUUUAAAUCAGAUUCACCUGACUCUCAACCUGAAUUCAUAACGCUUAAAAAUGUCAAAGUCUAGUUCUUAAAUUUGAGUUCCGAACAUAUAAACAGUUGAAUAAUCUGUACUUUGUGUUCUUUCAUGUGGUUGUAAAAAGUCAUGGAAAAACAUUUGGACUUCUCCAUAGGAACCUGUAGUAAGUACACUCAAUUUUGGCCAAUCACAACAAAGGUUUCUAAUCUUACUUUAACAAGAGAGCUUUUUAACCUGGAAACUUUACAAGGAAAGAAACAGCCUGAAAUUACAUGGCCUCAAUUUUCACAAUCAAGUGACUUCUGAAUAUUCUCCUUAAAUUAUUUAUUUUUAAAACUUUAAUUUUUUUCAACUUAUUGGUUUUAUUUGUACGUGAUGUUUUAAGACCUAAAUUUCAGAUAAUUGAAUUCAGAUUAGCUAAAUUUAAUUAUUUUAUAGUUUCAGUGAAAAUCUUAAGUAAAUUCAAAUUAUGCAGCUCUGUUUUCUUCAAGCUUCAUCGAACAUGGGGUUCAGGUUCGGGUGUAUCUGAUUUACCAAACCGACUGAUUACAUAGCUAUCACAUUCUAGUGGGAAUGUGCAUUUUAUGUAAAGGCAUCUAAUAAAAAGUCUAAUCUUCCAA